CUUUACAUAGAAUGAGGGAAGUUUGACUAAGGCCAGGGUCGGACCAGACAAAUACAAAGAUGGAUAAAGACUCUUUAUUUGCACAGAUGAAAGCAGGUCACAAUAAUACACUCUUUUCUUUUACCGUUGUGGGCUUAAAGUAGUAUUGUUAUUACUUAAUUAAUUACUUAAGUAAGUAAUCACUUAAUUAAUUACUUAAGUAAUAAAAUAGCAUCCAUUGACAAAAAGGAGACUAACUGUGAUGGACAAAACAUCCAAAAUAAUGGGGAGCAUUUAAGUCGGAUUUCCAUCACAUUUAGGCUUUUUCUUUAACCUUGUAACGUUAAAUUGAACUUUACAUAAUACCGCUGUUCUGUCAUGUUAUCGCUUUUCAAUAAAGUUUUACAAAACGCGCGUUACCAUAGUUACACGUAAACGUUUGUACUUUCUUGAAAAUAACGCCGCUUGUUUGAUAGGAUCCAGAAAGAAGGAUCCAGAAAGAAGCAGAGCAAAUGCGUUUGUCCCGGAUUGAGAGCCUGGCAGCGGCCGCCGUGCUGGAGGACUGCUCGGACGAGCUGGACGUGCUGGGACUGACUGUGGCACUGCGGGCCGACAAGCAGCGAGGCCCGGCGAGGGCAAAGGAGAAAGUCAGACUGACCAAUCUGCGGAGAGACUGUCAGUCCAUCUCGCAGCAGGUGCUGAAGCUGAGCUCGGAGCUGGAGGAGAAGCAGAGCUUCAGCUCUCUGCUGGCGGUGUUGGAGGAAGUGAAGCAGGAGCGUGAGGCCGAGGAGAUGAAGAGACAGGCCAAGGCGGAGCUGAGGCAAAGGAUUACAACUCUACAGAGACAGCAGGCCGAGGUGCAACAAAGGAUUUCUACACUGAAGGAGAGGUCCGUGCUCGCUGAAAAACUGCAGGAGCAGCUGGAUGAUCAGAAAAAUAGGAAGGCCGUCAAGAAGAUACUCGAGGAGAAAAGAAUGGCGCUGCAGCUCGAACAGGUGCUCAGCAACAACCGCAAGGCUGAGAAGCAGCUGGAGGACCAGCGGGAGAUGGUGCAGAUACAACUGACGGAGGAGAGGGAAGUUCACGAAAAGUCAGUGAAAUUCCUGCAAAACCGACAGGAGGAGCUGCAGCUGCUGCAGCAGCAGUGGCAGCGGCGCACGGUGCAGAUGCUGCAGGAGAAGAAGCUGGAGGUCGCGACCGUGUGCUGCAAGAGAACGCUGAACUUGGACAAGCUGUCGGAGAUGAGGAGGAAGAUCAGGGAGAUGGAGCGGGUGGUGAUGGAGGACAGGGAGGAGCAGGAGAAGCUGCGGCAACAGCAGAGGGAAGCCAGAGCUGCUACCAAGGUGCAGGAGUGGUGGAGAGGCUGCAUGGCCCGCCGGGGGCUCGGUAGUUUUAAGAAAGCAGAUGACAAGAAAGGCGAGAAAAAGAAGAGAAAGAAGAAGAAGGAAGUAAUGAAGAAGAAAUGAGUUUUUUCAACAGUCCUUUGAGACGUAAUACUAAUAAUAAUUUAGUGUAUUAAAAUCAUUGCUUUUCUUCAUUUCAAACAUACAAUAUUCAACAGAAUAAAAAACCAUACAAAGUAGUAAACUAUGUGCAAGUAACAGAAUCAUAUUAUAUAUCAACAUUUCAACAGUAUUUAUAAUAGCAGCUUACUUCAAGUCCUCUUAUUAUGUUUCAUGAACGCAAGAAAUCACAAUGACUUCCAGCAACUGUUAACGACCGUGUGCGAUACAUUUAAACACAUGUCUAGGCGGCAUCAUUACAUGUCACACAAUAUAAAAUGAACUAAUUGUACACACAGCUGUCCCUCCUGCCAGUCAGCAUAUCAUGGGGACCAUAGCGUGGGGACUCAUUUUUUGUCCCCACAGCAGACCCGGCACAGCCGAGCCAGAAUAUCGAGUCUGUAGACGAUGGUUUCCAAUGUUUUCUCUCUGUGGGACCAAAGCGUCACACUCACGGCUCCUCUGUCUCCGUCAAGUGCGUCUGCUCAGCUUGCAUGUAGUUUUUGUCUCCGAUGAUGACACAGUUGAGACGGGAGCUGUGGAUGUUGAUGCUCAGGGACCCAGCUGAUGGAAGCGUAGAAGGAGAAGGAGGAGGAGUAGAACUCUGUGCUGCCUCCUGCUGUCCACAGCUACACCUGCAUCUCCCUUCAUCGAAAACACACAAACAAACAUGUUGUUUUCAUCUCUCAUGGGUGUGAUGUGUAAAAAUGUAAAAUGUAAGACAACAAAGCAGGACAUGAACUUCCCCUGAAAGUCCUCCUCCAUGACAAGUAAAUUAAAUAAUAAUAAAAUAGGUUUGGCUGUGACCCACCUUGCAUUUGGGGCUGAGGUUCCCGCAUUAGAGGGCGAGCUUCAGCCACAGCGCACGGGUAGUUGUCGCUGCCAAUGACACAGUCGAUCAAGGUGGAGUUGCUGAUGUUCAAAAUCAGAAUGGUAGACGCCGAAUUCCGUACGGCCACUGUUUCAGGAAAAAGGGGAAAAGAGAAUAUGAGAACGGGAAGUUGUUGUUCCAGAGUGAUGUAGUAACACGUCACAAGUUCCUCAUGAAUCCGCGAACAUUGGGAAACACUUGCUUUGCAGAAAAGCCAAGGCAAUGAAGUUUGUAACAGAUUAUGUAUGGAGUGAUCAAAAAAGUUUGUUUAAAGAAUUGUCACAUGCACCAACAAUAAUACAUUAUAAAUAAAUAAUAAAAAUAAAGGAAUACAUUAUUUACCAUUUAACACCCCUAAAUGGUUAAAUUGAUAUAGUGAAUUUUUAUUAUAUAUUUAUUAUAAGAUUAAUGAAGAAAAGCUAGGCGCUGACCCUGUGUAGCUGCAGCAGGUUGAUGCCACCACGUGACCUUCUCACUCAGCAGCGCGUCCACGGGGCAGCAGAACAGCUGGCAGGCUCUGCAGAAGCUCUUCUGCGCCACCCACUGCGCCACCUGGAGGCAGCGCUGCAUGGUGGAGGUUUUACAGCACGUCAUCUAAAGGAGAGAGGCAAACAGAAACCCCCGUAGUUUAGUGCUAACAACAACUCCCACAGCCAAUUCACGUGCACUUCGCUAUAACAGAACCCUGGGCCCUUUCUCUCUGUACAGAAACAGAGAAUAUGGGGAAAUGCUGUCGGUCGGUCGUGCCGGUCAUUAGAUUACGGCUGGAAACCGAAACUCGGUGUGUAUAUCCAGUCGUGUUCGCGCCCUCCCGGGGAUAAGUGAACUAAUCCCGCGCACUCGAUGUAAAGGACGUCGAGUGACGUGAAAUACUCGGAAAUAGUGCGAAGAAUAGAAAACAUCCUGCGACGUUGUUGAUUAUACACUAAUACUUUAUGUUACAAUAAUAUAACUCUUAACUGAUAGCAAAAAAGUCAAACAUCCCACCACAUACACCCUUAACCCAUUGACUGCUCAUAUAAACUUCAUAUACAAAUAUAAAAGAUGUAUAUAUGUGUGGGUGUGGAAAUAAAUAAAUCUCACCUUGAA